GGAAAUAAUUUGUUUACGUUUAUAAUUUUCAGAUUUGUGAAAAACGAACUCAUUGCAUUGCUUUUUUAUAGAGAUAACCUACUGGUAGCUGUUAAAUAAUUUAAAGAGUAAUACUUACAAAAUGAGGAAGAAAUCCAAGAAAGUUCAAGAAGAAGAAGUGGAAGAAGAAGUUGUUCUAUCUGCAUCAGAAGAAGAAUCAAGUGAUUCCGAUGGUCAAAAUAGAAAAAGAAAAUCAAAAGGAGGGGAGUCUGAUAGUUCAUCUAAAAAGGCCAAGAUGGAAGAAGAGAGAAGCAGUGAGAACACAGUAUUUGUUAAUAAUAUUCCCAGAAACAUGAACUUAGAAGAAUUUCAACAGUUAUUCCCAGAUGCUAGUCAUAUUAGGUUUCCAACUAAAUAUGAUCAGACUUCUAAAGGAUUUGCUUUUCUAGUUUUUGACACAGAAAAGGAAAUGGAGAAAUGUUUAAAGAAAAAACAAGGAAUAGAAAUUAAUAAUAAAAAAUUACAACUCACAAUGGCAGGAAACAGUAAAACAUUAUAUAUAAAAAAUAUUAAUAAGAAUGUAUCAGAAGAAGAAUUAUGUAAAAUAUUCCCUGAUUGUACUAGUAUUAGAUAUCCUGAGUAUGAUGAUGGCAAACAUAAAGGCUAUGCCUAUCUGCAAUUUUCAACAGAAAAUAAAGUGAAGGAAGUGAUCACUAAGAAACAAGGAAUGUAUCUGAAGGGAGAAAAAUUAUUCCUGGAGUUAGCUAAACAGAGGGAACAGAAUCAUAGUGGUCAGAAAUUUAGAUCCAGUUUCGAAAUAAAGAAAGAUGGUUAUAGUGUUUCUGAAGAACCAACAAAAUCAGUUACAGUUCGAAAUUUAACAUUUAAUAUAUCAGAAGAUGAUAUCAUAAAAGAAUUCGGUGCUCUUAAAGGCAGAUUAAUAAAAGAUGAAGAAACAGGACAGUCAAAAGGGAGGGCAUAUUUAUUAUUUAAAACUAAGAAAGAUGCUGAAGAAGCUGUAUCAAAAUUCAAUGAAGAAAAACUACAUGAUAGAAGAAUUUACCUUUAUUACACAUCUAAACUAGGGAAAAAUAAAAAAGAACGACCGAAAAAAGAAAAUCCUAAUAGCAGAAAAAAUAAAAGAAAACAGAAGUUAAAAGAAGAUUAUGAAGAUUGAAGAACAGGGUCUAUUGUUACAAAUAACAAGACAUAAAUAGUUAAUGUUACAGAUUGUUCAAUAAUGAUAUACAGCUUGUGAUAGUCUUUUCAGUGUAUUAUACAAGUUUGGACAUCAUGAUCUAAAAUGAGGAGUGGGAAUUCCAACCAAUUCAAUCAGUGAAUUUUAAGGCUGGUGUACAGGUAUUUCACCUCACUGGUUAAUUGAAACCAAUAUUGACAAUUCAGUGAUGAAUAUUUAGUUGCUGAACGUUUCAAGUUUCUGAUGUUGCUCGUGGAUUCCGAUUCUGUAGUAAUUUCUCAAAACAAGAAAAAUCUUUCUUUUGAGACUUUUUAAUAAAAGAAACAAGCAUUUUGU